GGGUCAAGGGGCCGGGGUCGCGCGCGCGCGCGGGCGACGGGACUGAGCUGAGGUAAGCGCGGGGCUAGGAGGCGCCAGCACCAGUGCCAGAGCCAGACGAGGACGAAUCGAGCGCUACCGCCUUCGCCACCGCCACCCCCACCGCCUUCACAUCACCGGGACCAGCCAUCGCUGCCGCUUCUGCCGCAUCGCCCCCCCACUCCGCUCUGAUGGCGACUACCGAGGAAUCUCAUGGAGAGGAGCAUGAUUCAACCAGUGAGAGCAUGGACGAUACCAACCACGAUCCCCAGUUUGAGCCCAUUGUCUCUCUGCCUGAGCAGGAGAUUAAGACCCUGGAGGAAGAUGAAGAAGAGCUCUUUAAGAUGCGAGCGAAGCUGUUCCGAUUUGCGUCUGAGAAUGACCUUCCAGAGUGGAAAGAGCGAGGGACAGGUGAUGUGAAGCUGCUGAGACACAAGGAGAAAGGGACAAUUCGCCUCCUCAUGAGACGGGACAAGACUCUGAAGAUCUGUGCGAAUCACUAUAUAACCCCACUGAUGGAGCUGAAGCCCAAUGCAGGCAGUGACAGGGCUUGGGUUUGGAACACACAUGCUGACUUUGCCGAUGAAAGUCCAAAGCCAGAGCUGUUGGCCAUCCGAUUCCUGAAUGCAGAAAAUGCUCAGAAGUUUAAGGCAAAAUUCGAAGAAUGCAAGAAGGAGCUAAAGAAACCAAAAAAGAAAGAAGAGUCGAAAAUAGUGCUGAAAGUGGAGUCGAGAGUAGAGGCGAGAGUGGAGUCGAAAGUGGAGCUGAAAGUAGAACCGGAAGAAGAACCGGAAGAAGAACCGAAGGAAGAACCGGAGGAAGAACCGGAGGAGGAACCAAUAGAAGAGAAAGCAGGACUAGUCAAAGAGAGAAGUUGUGACCAAAUGGCUAAGAAGUUAGAGGAACUCUCGGUGAAGGAUGGUGACUCGGAGUCUGUGCCAGAGAUCCGGGUGAAGAAGGAGGUGCUUGAGGCCCAGGAGGCCCAAGAGAAGGACCAAGAGGAACAGACGUCUGAGACCCAAGAGACCGAGGAGACCCAAGAGUCUAAGUCCCAGGAGUCUGAGAUCUCGGAGGCCCAGAAUUAGGACACUGAGCAGCAUUAACUCAUCUCACCAUGGGCCUCACAUUCUUUCCUAAUUUUUUUUCCUUUUAUUUUCUUUAUUUUUGUUCAUUUUUGGUUUUGUUUUUUGUUUUUUUUUACAAGGGACUUUAUAUAAAGAACUGAAUUCCAGCCUCCAGGUUGUUUUCUAAGCUUUUACCCUUUUGAAGAUGUCUUCUUCAGCAGACCCAUUCCCCAGUCAAAUGUACUGCGCUCAUGCCAUUCUUUUCCAUAGUGGAAACACUUAUUUAUAGUACAUCCAAAAGAGUGAAUAAAACAUUUCAAAGCUGCAUCCGAGGACAGGACUGAGUUGUAUAUGUUUACUUCCACACACUGAUGGCUAAAGUAACUCCUGGCACCGGUUGUUGUCAGGUGCCUUGGCUGUGUUGGUGACUUGUGGGGGGCCUGGGGGGAGCCGUUUCUGCUGAACUGUCUCAUUGAGGUUGAUGGUGUCAUUGGCAAGCUUUGGAUGGGGAUGCCUUUGGCUUCCCCCGAAGGUAGCUGCUUCAUUCGUGAUGGAGCCAGCUCACCUGGCAUGGUUGCAGCAUUAUUCCUGGUGGCACAGUUGGCAUAGCUUAAGUUGUUGAGUUGUCUUCCUGUGGGCUUUCCUCCCUGGGAAGCCCCAGAGUCGGAAUAGGAUGCUGUGCCCUCCGUAGAGCACAGAGACCUUAGUAUUGUGGCCCUCCUCUGGGGCUUUGGCCAACCUGAGAUUUGGAGUGAAGUCGGUAGAGGCAGCUCUCUUGUGGGCUCCCUGGAGCCCAGCUUUGGGAGCUCUCCUGGGCACAUGGGCAGAACCGUGGUGGUCCAGUUUGGUCUUGGUUCUCUUGUCAGCUAUGCCUGUGUAUUUCAUUCUUCUGGCAGAAGGCGCUUUCCCAUACCUGGGACAUUCUUGUCCUUGAUGUUGGGGGGCAGGGGAAGCCCCCACUGAGAAUUAGGUAUGGUAGCGUAUCAUUGGCAAGUCAGAACCAGUUGAGGUGCCAUGAGCUUGGCUGGCACAGGUUUGUUGACCCCUCCCUACCCCCUCCUAGAGGUGAGAUAAGGGGAGGCCUGAAUUCCAGCAGCAUAACUGAGCUAAAGGCCUUGGUGACGGACAGGUGCCACCAGGGAGCCCCCACUGGCCUCUGGGGGCAGGAAGAGUGGUUCGUUUCUGAGCAGAGCUCCAGGGCCAAGAGCGGUGAGGCUCGGCUUCGUGGCUUGCCUGUCGGUGCUGCCCAGGUUGUUUUCGGGUCUGAGUGGAUGAAAGGCACUAUUUCCUUCAGCUACCAGUGUGUUGGGUCCUGAGCUCUGCCUAGGGGGUGGGCGGCCUCAGGCCAUCAGCUGUCCCAAACGCAGCCCCUCCUAGGAGGAGGUACGCGUGUCAUUCCCCAGCACCCCCAGAAGUGAAGAAUACCUCAGCUGCCUGUGUGCCUGCCCUCAGGGAAGUCAUCGGUGGGGUGUGGCUGUGUGGUGUGUCCCUCGUGCCCCCUCCUCAGCCCCCUCCCUCUCCCGAGGCUCACCUGGCCGGCUUGUCUCUGUAGCUUAAGUUUGGCUUCAGGCUCUGAGUUGUAGGCUGAGAACUUCCAGCUUCUUAAGGCUGAAAGGCCUUCCUUUGGGCAGGACGGUUUUACAAUUUAAAUGCUGACGGUUGUAUUUUUUUCCUUAAAAUGUUUUCUUCUGCCCUAAGCUUGAGAAAUGUUGACUAGCUGUGGAACCAGUGAGAACAGAAAGCCGCCCAGGCCAGAGUUUUAUUUCCACUAUUCUAUUCACUGUGAGCUUUGGAAAGCAACGGAAGCGGUUGCAAAGCAUAGUAGCCUAUAGCGUUUCUUAGUAGUAGAGCUAAAGGACUCACUUCAGUCAGACUUCCCUUGGCUUGUUUUCCUCAUCGCCCACCAAAGGUGCUUUAUUUCAGACAAAACCAAGAAAGCAUGUCUGUCUUGCUUCCUGAAGGCCCUUUCCUCAGCCCCUCCACCAGUUGACUGACUGUGUUGAUUAUGUCCCAGCUGUAGAUGUUCAUGUUAUGACUCGGUGUUUUCCCCGUUUCGCUCUGUGUUCUGUCCGCCCUUGGAUCCCCUCUCAGUGGAGUGCCCUUCCAAAGGAAGAGUGAGAUUGUUUUAAAGAAAAAUAAAUGCAGACCACCCAACGGAAGAUUUCCUUCUCCAACUGCUAAACUUUGGUUAUUCUAGGCGGUGUUCACCUUUGUAACACAGUGUGACUGAGGCCGUGCUGGGCGAGUAGCAGGAAGGAAGAGGUCCAACGAGACCCUUUGAAAAUGAGAUGUUAGUGCGACCAAGAAACUUUGCACAUGAAACCGAAUGUUCUGUUCCACUCUCUGCUUUGGAGACACUGGAAACAAGAAGUUGGAAUCCGUGAAUGUUCUAUUGGCUUUGAUUUCUUCCUGUGCCAUCGCCACGGGAACGCUAGUUCUUGGGGAGCAGGAGGGUAUGCUUUUUGAAAUGCUUUCGUUGAAGUUAAUGUGUGUAAACCGGGAUGGAUGUCCCCGAGAUGCUUUCCCCUCGAAAGGGGAAGCCAAGGAGGGGUGUGGGGUCGAAACGGACCAGGCACUCACUCUUCCCCCUUCCAAAAAGAGAGCUUGUCUCACUCUGUAAUUGUUUUGUGUUCCAAUAAAGUGCCACUUAAAUGUAA